UCUUCUCUCCUUCCCCCUGCACCGGCGAACAGACACUGCUCUUUAAUCUCUCCAUCAUCAUGACCAUGGUGUACUCCUCCCGAAGCUCCAUGGGCGGCGGCUUUGGCGGAGGUGGCUUCGGCGGCGGCAGCGGCUUCGGCGGUGGGGGUUUUGGCGGCAGCAGCAGCCGAGCAUCCUUCGGCGGAGGCAUGAGCGCGUUCAGCAUGGCAGGAGGAGCCGGAGGAAGUGGGGUCAGUAUUAAGGACGCCAUCCUCCUCAGAGGGACGGUCUCGCUGAGCAUCGACAACGCCCAACUGGCUCAGGACGACUUCAGAAUCAAGUUUGAGAAUGAGCUGUCGAUGCGUCAGUCUGUGGAGGCGGACAUCGCCGGGCUGAAGAUGGUGCUGGGAGAGCUGGGCGUCGCCAAGACCGACCUGAGCAUGCAGAUCGAAAGCCUGAAGGACGAGCUGGUCACCAUGAAGAAGAACCACGAAGAGGACCUGAUGUCCAUGCGCACGCAGAUGAGUGGUCAGGUGAACGUGGAGGUGGACGCCGGUCCGCAAACCGACCUCACCAAGGUCAUGGAAGAGAUGAGAGAACACUACGAGAUGCUCGCCGCUAAGACCAACAAAGAGCUGGAGUCCUGGUUCCAUUCCAAGUCGGAGAUGCUCAGUAAGGAGGUGGCAACCACAGAGAUGACGAUCAAAUCGACGGUCUCGGAGGUGAAGGAGGUGAAGAGUCAGCUUCAGGCUCUGGAGAUCGAACUCCAAUCACAGCACAGCAUGAAAGCGUCUCUUGAAGCCACACUGGCCGACAUCCAGGGCCGCUACGCCAUGCAGCUGAACGGAUACCAGAUGAUGGUGAGCGGUAUGGAGGAGCAGCUGGUGCAGCUGAGGGCUGACCUGGAGCGACAGGGACAGGACUACCAGAUGCUGCUGGACAUCAAGACCAGACUGGAGAUGGAGAUCGGCGAGUACAGGAGGCUGCUGGACGGAGAGGCUGGUGGUAGUGGCGGCGGCGGCGGCAGCGGCGGCGGAUCGACAGGUUUGUCCUCUUCCUCCUCCUCAACCGUCAUCAGCAGCAGCACCACAGUCGUCAAAAAAGUCAUCGAGGAGACCAUCUGAGACCAAUCAUACGUCUUACCUCUGACUCGGGGGUGGAGUCAAAUCUCCACUGACUCAGGAACAUAUAAACACACUAUAAACACUCAUUAAGGUAUCUGAUUUGGGGUCUAUUCUUAAUCUAAACAUUGAUGCAUUCACACUGAAUUGAUUUGGGAAAUCAGUGGCGAUACCCAGCCCUAGAUAUGACACCUCUGACAUGAAUCAAGGUUGCCUGAAUAAUGGCUGUAAAAGAUCAGUGACUACAUUUACAUGCACAUAAUAUUCCAGUUUUUGUCCUCAUUCUGAAAAAGACAGUGUCCCUACCAAGCUGUUUCCACGGCUAUAGAAAGUCAAUAUUCCACUAAUAUUCCUGUUUACAUGACCUGUGUCAAAUUUGUGGAAUAUUAGUGUGCAUGUAAACAUAAUCAAUGAGUCAAAGAUUGUCAUUGUGUGAUAGUUUGGGUCAGGGACAACUUUACUUCCAACAAAGCUUCUGUCUUCUUCAAGGAAUAAAACUCAACUAAACUCAAA